AUGUCACACAAGUCAAAGUUACCGACCUACCAGAACCCCAGCAGGCCUGAUGUCUUGGAGGGUAGCCUGAGCAGUCAGGAGAGGACACUGGCUGUGCUGCUGGAACAGGCUUUCAGGAUCAAAGAGGAGGUGGCAGCAGGUCUGCAGUCCGCACAGGGCUCCCUACGGGUCGAGGCACUGUCCCGCAAGCUGCUGGAGAAUCACAUACUGACCAUCACACGCAUUGUCAAGCAGCUUAGCAUGGACAUACGGGCCCUGGAGAGACAGAUCGCCCAGCGGGACUCCACCACCUCUGGCACCACAAUAGCUGUUCAAAGCCUGGACCAGAAGAACACGGCUGGCUUUGGAGACUUGAGAGGAAGAGUACCGAGGUGCGAUGUCGGCAUUGGCAAACUGAGCGCUGACGUGAGCUCUGGGGAGCGGCGGGUGAUUAGACUGCAUCAGGAGGUGGCAGAGCUCAGGUCAGCUGUGGACGUACGGCUCAAAGAGCUGGAAGUCAAGCUUUAUCAUGACCUCGGGAGGCUGGAGGCUUCAUUGUCUGAGCAUUUCCAGGGCCAAAAGAGCUCCAUGGCUGAUCUGCAUACACAACUUAAACUACUAGAAUUCAGGAUGUCAGGUGAACUGAAGCAAGCCAAGGAGCAGACAGAUUCACUGAGGAAGUGGACACAACAACAGCUCAACAGUCUGGCCCAGACUCAUGCGGAACGCAGCCAGCAGCAACGCACACAACUGCAGGACAAAACGUUAGAAGCAGAGUCUAGAUUAGCUGUCGGGCUACGUGCUCUGGAGGCCCGUGUGGAGCAGUUUGAGACGCAGCAGGUUCAGGCCGACCGCAGUCGGGCAGAUCAGCUGAAACUCUCUGAAAACAAACUCCGUAAAAGAAUCACCUCUGUGGAGAGCAGACUUCAUCAGGAGCUGCAGCUGCUCAAACAAGAAUACCACAAAGGGUUCCUGUCUGUGCAUGAUGCCAUUGAGUCCUUGAGGCAGAUAGGUGACAUCAAAUCCCGCCUUGACAAGAAGAAGCUUCAGAAGGACAUCAAGCAUGUCUGCAGCAAGGUGGCUGAGCUCAAUGACUUGUGACAUAAUCAACUGAAGAAGAGCUCCAAUGUUACUGUCACACCUAAACUGGAGCAACAGCUAGAGUCAAACUCUUUAAAACCAAAAGGCAUGCCAGUCAGUAAGUGUUAACUGUUUCCUCACUGGCUUAUAUUCACAUCUUAUUCUAUGAACCCACAGCUAUUUGUACUAUGGAUAUAUUUAACUGAAUCACUCUUUGAAAAUCAGAUUAUCCUGUAAUUUGAAGUAGAAAAUAUUUUGUUAAAUGUUAGGCUACUUGAGCAGUCAGACCUGUUAAUGACAGUUACGUUGUGUCAAGAAGAUUAAUUGUCUACCAUUUCCCUUUUAAAUUCACCCCAUCUGUUGUUGUUUUUGUAUUACUUAAAACAUACAAGGUUCAGCCAUUAUUUUUCAUUUAUCUUGUUGAAAACUUGAGAUGAGCAAACUAGUGCAUCAAACGAUU